AGUGCUCGCCAGGCUGGCGUCGAGUCGAAGCCUGGCCCCCGCCUGGUGCCCGCGCCCAGCCCGCGACAGCCCGCCGCCGCCGCCGCUCCGCCCGGUACGGCUCAGUCGCUCUCUCACGGCGGAGGCUCACGGGGACCAAGGGCGCCGCGACGUCGCCGCGACGCGAAGCAGCGCGAGGGCCGACAGCGGCGUCGGGACGACCGGCAAGCCCCGCCACGCCACGCCGAGCGCCCGCCGCCGAUCCGCCGCGCGUCGCGAACCGAACGCGAGGACCGAGCCGCGCCGGCCGGGUCCACCGGGUGCGGGCGCGCCGGUGUGCCUGCCGGUGUGCGUGCGGGGGGGAGGGGGAGCCCGUCGUGAAUGAGUGCCGGUGCGGGUGCAGCGCGCGACAUGGCGGGCCCCAGUCGCCGCCCGGCCCGCGAGGACGCCGUCGACGACAUGACCGCGCCGUCGGUCAACAACAACAGGUGCGCCGCGGCUGAGCAGCCGGCGCGCCACUGCUGACGGACGACCUGCCGUCCGGGACCCCGAGGCCGCCGUCGACGAACACAACGCCCCGCGCCAUGGCGGCCGACGACGCCGUGAGCGUGAGCGGGCCCGGCGGCCCGUCCGCCGAGCCGGCCAAGCCGUUCAACGACCCGGCCCUGGAGCGGCUCUACCAGAGCUACUCCGUCAAGCAGAAGCGCGCCGGCGUGCAGUGCUUCCUGGCGGCCGCCGUGCUGUACGACGUGUUCAUGCUGGUGCUACCGGGGCCGGGCCCGGUGCAGGACUCGCUCACCAUCGGCCUCAUGGCCGCCUUCCUGGGCCUCAACCUGGCGCUGCUGGCCUGGACGCUGCGGCCCUACCGCCUGGACGCGCUCUGGGCCGCCGUGCCCUACGUGGCCUGGUUCCUCGCCAUCACCCAGCUGCUCGCGCACUUCUUCCUGCGCAACUACAACGGCACGGGGCGCGACGCGCUGGGCUGGGCGCUCCUGCUCGACUACCUGCUGUACGUCACGCUUCCGCUGCGCCUGCGCUACUGCGUGCUGCUGUCCAUCGCCACCUGCGGCCUGUACAGCGUCACCCUCUACGGGCUCGCCUACAAGGGCGACGCCACGCUGCCCGCGCAGCUCAUCGCCAACGCCUGGCUCCUGCUCACCUCAAACAUCCUGGGGCUCGCGUCCUACUGCAUCAUGGACAAGCAGCAGCGGACAAAGUACCUUUAAAAUAAAUAAUGCCUGUUCCAGGAGCGGCUCCUCCUGUCCGUGCUGCCCGAGCACGUGGCCGUCCAGAUGCGGCAGGACCUGGGCUCGGGCCUGGACACGCAGUUCAAGAAGAUCUACAUGAGCAGGCACGAGAAUGUCAGCAUCCUGUACGCCGACAUCGUGGGCUUCACGGCCAUCUCCUCGACGUACAACGCGCUGGACCUUGUUAAGAUCCUCAACGAGCUUUUCGCAAGAUUCGACCGCCUGUCCGAGAAGUACCAGCAGCUCCGCAUCAAGAUCCUGGGCGACUGCUACUACUGCAUCAGCGGCGCGCCCAUCGAGCGGCCCGACCACGCCAUCCUGUGCGUGCACAUGGGCCUGUCCAUGGUGGAGGCCAUCAAGUACGUGCAGCAGUCCACCAACUCGCCGGUGGACAUGCGCGUCGGCAUCCACACGGGCGCCGUGCUCGCCGGCGUCCUGGGCCAGCGGCAGUGGCAGUUCGACGUGUACUCCAAGGACGUGGAGCUCGCCAACAAGAUGGAGAGCAGCGGCAUGAAAGGGAGGGUGCACAUCUCCAACAGGACCCUCGGCUUCCUGGACGGCGCCUUCGAGACGGAGCGCGCCUACGGGGAGAAGCGCGAAGAGAUGCUGCGCGCCGCCAACAUCACCACGUACUUCAUCACCAAGACGCUCAAGCCGUUCGCCGGAGACUCGGCCGAGCCGCAAAACGGCGGCAUCACCGAGGACACGGCGCUCGAGAUAGCCAAGGACGAGCACUGCAACGAGGAGACCAGGGUGCUCGCCGAGGCCGGCGGCCGCGGCCAGGAGGACUCCGAGGACUUCAAGAAGCGCCUCCGGAAGGAGCUCAUGAGCCGCGACGGACAGAAGGACCUCUCGAGCGCCACCAAGCUGCUGACCCUGGCCUUCGUGGACGGCAAGAAGGAGCAGGACUACCAGCACCACAAGGAGACCAACAGCUCGCUGUCCAUCAUCGGCUGCCCCAUCGCGCUGCUCUUCACGUCCGUCGCGCAGAUGAUCGUCCUGCCCAGGGACACGAUGAACAUCAUGUCGUUCAUCCUCGGCCUCAUCUUCCUCAUCCUGCUGACCAUCUGCGUGGUGGCCGAGGCGCUGCCCAAGGCCUUCCCCGGCACGCUCGUGCGCUGCUCCGAGUCCCUCAACAACACGCUGUGGGUGCGGCGCUCGCUCGCCCUCGUCGUCGUGCUCAUCCUGGGCGCCGCCAACGUCGUCGACAUGGUGUCGUGCUCGACGCCGGGCCUGGUCGUCAACUGCACCGACUACGAGGGCGUGGCCAUCGCGGCCAACCGCAGCGGCGGCGCGCCCGCCCAGGCCCUGCCCCAGGUCCUGGGCGACGGCCUGCCCGAGGCGCCGUCCGCCGCACCCUGCACCGCGGCGACGCCGGGCCAGACGUGCCUGUACCCGUCCUACUUCUCGUACUUCUGCGUGCUGGUGCUGGUGGCGUCCUCGCUGCCCGCGCAGCUGUCGCACCUGCUCAAGGUGCUGCUGCUGUCGCUCAUCGCGCUGGCGCACUGCGCCAUGAACGUGGUCGUCAUCGGGGCCGCCCUGGACCAGGAGGAGCGCCGCGGCCUCCGCGACUGGACUGCCGUCUACAGGACGAUCGUGCCGAGCAAGUUCUCGCUGUCGGGCGUCCUCAUCGUGGUCACCAUCGCACUGGGCUUCCUCUGUCGACACAUGGAGAAGGCGCUGCGGGUGCUUUUCCUGUGGCGCACCGAGGUGGAGGAGCAGCGCGAGUUCGCGGCGGACAUGCGGCAGCGCAACGAGGCCCUGGUCUACAACAUCCUGCCCCAGCACGUGGCCGCGCACUUCCUGCGCCAGCGCUUCCGCCAGCACGAGGAGCUCUACGCCGACAGCUUCGCCGAGGUCGGCGUGCUCUUCGCGUCCAUGCCGAAUUUCUCAGAGUUCUAUUCAGAGGAGAGUGUGAAUAACCAGGGGCUGGAAUGUCUACGGUUUCUCAAUGAAGUCAUCUCCGACUUCGACGCGCUCCUGGAGUGGCCGCAGUUCCAGGACAUCAUCAAGAUCAAGACCAUCGGGUCGACGUACAUGGCCGCCAGCGGGAUCAACCCGACAAAGAAAGUCAAGGACGACGACCCGAUCACGGUGCGGUGGGCGCACCUGGCGCUGCUCGUCGAGUUCGCGUUCGAGCUCAAGAAGGCGCUGCAGAGCGUCAACGAGCAGAGCUUCAACCACUUCGUACUCAAGAUGGGCAUCAACCACGGCCCCAUCACGGCGGGCGUCAUCGGCGCCAGGAAGCCGCACUACGACAUCUGGGGCAACACGGUCAACGUGGCGUCCCGGAUGGAGAGCACGGGGCGCGCGGGCUGCAUCCAGGUGACGGAGGAGACGUGUAGCAUCCUGCGCAACUUCGGCUACAACUUCGAGCAGCGCGGGAUGGUGUCCGUGAAGGGCAAGGGCCAGCUCAUGACGUACUACCUGACGGGCAAGGGCGGCGCCGGCGCGGGCGGGGUGACGCGGCCCGACGGCGACGCCGGCUCCAACGCGCCCGGCCUCACCCCCAACACCCAGGUGCCCCAGCUCGCCUCCCCCGGUGGCCUCUCGGGCCACUCCGGGGCGGCGCCCGACGCCCUCGGCGGCGGCCUCGGCAGCGGCCUCGGCGGGGGCCUGGGGCCUAGCCCGAGCCCCAGCCCGAGCCCCAGCCCGACGCCCAACGCGGCCGCGGACGACGACGACGAGGGCGACCCCGCCGAGAGCGCCAAGCUCCUCGAGGGCGUGAGGAUCACGAUGGCGGAGGAGUCGUCGCCGGCCAAGGCGGGGCCACGGACACCCAGUGAGACGCACAGACUGCUCGAUCAAGUGUAGUGCUGAGUGGGAGCGCCCGCCGCGCGCGGGUCAGCUAAUGAAGCAAAUGCAUUUGAGGGAAACUUUUAAGUGUCGUCUGUAGAUGUAUGUGUAAAAUUGUGUUAGAUGAAAUAGUUUCCCCUGGUACCCUUCACAUCUGUGCAUUCGGUCUACUUUUGCUUCUACAACGACUUUUGUUUUUCUUAAUAAGUGUGGCAGUGUUUCAGUGAGAAUCUAGUAUUAACCAGGGAGUUAUGAUUGACUAACAAUGCAAAUUUUGUGAUUAUGUACCUGACUUCUGGUUUAGAUGAAGUUAGAGGAGAAAAGCCAAACUCAGAUUGGGGUGUUGCCAAACCAGAAAUGACAAUGUGAAAUCCUUAUAAGACUCAUCCCAAUGUUCUAGUAAGAAAGAUAGCACAAAUAAUUUAUUCACAUCACAUUACUUUAUUUCUGCCUCCUCGAGAACAUUCUUUUAUAAUAGUAAUAAGGUCACUUUGAGUACUUGCCUGUCUAGCUAGACUCUUACUCUUGGUAGGAAGGGAACUCAGUUUCUCUGAGACACAAACAGCAACAUCAAAUAGUUUAAAACUGGAAAGAAUCCAUGUUAAGAAAAUGGUCAGGAUUCCAGUCAUCAACAAAAUUCUAUGUGGAACAUAUCCGCAUUGUUCAACAAAAUUGAAUUAUUAUGUCUAAAACAUCUUCUGAUUAUUAAUUUAGCUGAUCUCAAUAUUUGCUCUCGAUGACAUGACAUCUGGAGGUCCAAUUCAUUUAAGUGGAAAGUUAAUUCAGCAACUAUGGUUUAUUUAAGUCUACUUUUGUGUUCACACUUUCUCACGAGUUCCCAGACUCUAUACGCUUAUAUAGAACUAACUUACUUUGCAUCAAAGUGCUAAAGUCACAAAAGUACAAAUAUGGGUCAAAAUCAUGUACCCUUGUAAUAUAUGUAAAGAAUGUAGACUACUCAAUCCUGUACAGAGUUAAUAUUUCAUGAGAUUUUUAUGUCUUGGAUUUUAUAAGAAUGUGUUAGACUAAUUAUUACUUCCCUUUAGGAAGUCUUAAGUGAAACUGUGAUGAGGAUUGUGCAAUAAGUACUUUACAACACUGUUGAGUAUAGAUAAUCAAAAAUGUUCCUGAUCACUGUGGACAUAAGAAGUUAAAUGCGUUUCUGGUCCCUCUUUGUAAGUUUUGGUUGACAGAGGAAAUGUUAAGCAAUUUUGGAAUACUGGUCCUUGACCUUAUGUGCCUUAUGCUCAAACUGCAAACUCUGUAAGUACUUAACAAAAGCUCACCUAUAUUUGAGCUCAAUACUGUAACAGUUAAACAUGUACCUGGUGAUAUUUAUCCAACGGGAACAUAACAAUUUCAAAGUACACCGUCAAUCCGUCACACAGUACGGAAAAUUGUUCCUGUGAUCAACAAUACUGUGGUGUUAAGGUGAUCAUAAUUUGAUAAUUGAGCAUAAAUUGUCAAAUCAGAAAAAGAAUAAAAUAUUCAACUGCAGAUGAAAAAGGUAUGUGCCAUCCACAGAUCAGUGAAAUUUUCUUGUGAGCAUGUAUUCAGAUAUGAAACUACGAAAGUAAGUACCUUAAUGUGUUCUAUGUGUCUGUUUCUAAUGGCCUAUAAAUUCCUAAUUAAGCUUCAAUGCUUGCUUUGGUUGACCAUUAGAAAUAUAUAUUUCCUAUCCAACAUGCAAUAAUUCAGGUUAUGACUCUGCCUGCUACCUUAUGCUGCUUCAGUAAAACAUCACUUAAAAACACCAAUCUAUUAGUAACUUCAUAAGAUACUUUUUGAAACUAAUUAAUUAAGUAUUGAUGUUAAACACCAAAUAUUUUCAAAAUGAAGUAGAUGUGAGCAGUAAGUAGCCCUCCCACAGCACAAAAGCCCACAAUGUUGCCAAGUAAUCAAAAUAUUCGGCAACAUUUGUGCAUGAAUCUCAGAGUAUACGGAUUGUGCUAAAAAAAAGAAAAGGUUUUUUGCCCACUGGCGUACGUCAUGGUAGAUGUAUUCAAGCCAACAAUGACACUAUAAACUAGUGGGUAAAAAUCGCUUUAUUGUGGCCUAAAAAAUAUCACAACCGAAAAUGAGGUGCCAUAUUCACCUGAGUAUAAAAAACCUUUUCCCCCCAAAAAAAUUGUUUCUAAAGGAUGGGGUUUGGUCUCGUGUGGGUGGGUUAAGCCGAGGGGGGUCUUUAAGCACAUAUACCACUACCAAUCCUAAAGAAGUGCUUGAGGGGACUCUCUGAGGACAUUUCCCAUGAACCAACUUUUUCAAAAAAAAAUUGAGCCAUUUAAAGUGGGGCGUUCUUACACUCAGGUGAAUUUGGUAAAACCCUGAGGCUUCAGACAGUUGACUGAGAAGUCCAUGCAAUGAGUGAAUAGUUUUGCGCACAUUGCUAAUGGAUAAGUUUUCAAAAACUAUUGCACCACUACAAGCAGAAUGUGAUGAUAACAUCCAUGUUCUUUGACUGAGAAUACACAGAGUUGUACACAGUGUACAAAAAUGAAGUAAAUUACAUAGAGGUGUCAAUGUGGAAUUAGUUUCUUCUUAUUCUUGUUACUUGAAUUUACCUAAUAAAUUUACAUCUGACAUAUCUGUUUUAUCCCUGUGCCAAAAUGAAAGGAUAAAGCAUUCCUUAAUUAGAAAUCUUGAACUCUUUAAUUUCUUUAAAAUGUAAUUUUAAAAUAGAUCUGUUCCAGAAUAUAUUGCAUACUAGGUAAUUGAGACCCAUACAAAUAGGUAUUUUGAAACCUCUUGAGCAUGCAGAAAUGUGUUGAAUGUUACAAGCAAUAAGAAGCUGAAAUUGAUUCGGUGAUGUGAAAAUGUAUCAGUGAUAUACAUAUAAAUAGAAGCAAAUACAAUAUGUACCGUGAUUAAUUGGCACAUAGCCCUUUCAAAGUUAUUUUUAAAGAGAUGCGAAAGUCAAUCACUAGAAAUACAUACAACCCAAUGUUUAAGACAAGAAAGAAGACCUCAAAUAUUUGCCUUGUCAAAACCAGGAAACAAAUUCCAUUUCAUAGAGCUGGGUAUGCUUCAGACCAAAGAGAAUCAUAAAUCUUAUUCUUUGGAACAUAAUUCAUCUGAUUGCUUUUUCUCAGAACGUCUUGUUCUGUAAAAUGGAGUGCAGCAAUAAAUGUAGAUGUUAAGAAAUAAGAUGGUAACAAUUACAUUAGCCUAAUUAAUUGAAUAAAAGUAAAUGAUUUUGCAAUUACAAUAGGAAAAGGUAGCAGACAUACGGUCUUUUUGUUUCAAAGCCUAUGUAGAAACUGAUUUUAGAAAGCAUAGAAGAUAACACUUUCUCUAAAUAUGCAUGUAACACAUCCUCAGAUUGAUACUGCAGAUACAGAAGGCGCACAAUAGUACUGUAACAUUUUCAAGUGAUUAAAUAUAUCUGUCAGCUGUGA